GUUGGAUGUUAGCUCGGGCUCUGCUGUGACCAGACACUGUUUUCAGGACAUUCAUUUGUUUCCUUCUUGGUUCGUUUCUAAAGCCGUCCUGAGGGAUUCUCUGCGUAAAAACGGGGGUCUUCUCUGGAGAGGCGCAGUCGUACUCCUAAUCAGCCCGGGAUUCUGAAGAGUUGACACCGCACGGAGAUCCACGUCCCCCUCCCGGUGCUGAAAGAUGCCCUUCAGCCCUCUAGCCAUGAGCUCCGGGGCAGCGGAGAGCGGGGCUUUCGGCGAGGGGCUCGAGAGCAACGCCACAUGCGCCGAGAAAGUUGAGCACCUCCCGCCGCCGUUCUCCUCCACUUCUGCUCUCACUUUGCUGGGCGUCGUGAUCGUGGCGAUCGUGGCGCUGUCCCUGACCACACACCACUGCCACAAAGGCAAGAUGAAGAGGAGGAAGAUCGAGAGGGCGCAGGAGGAGUACGAGAGGGACCACUGCAGCCCCGUCCCGGCCAGAGCCAAGCCUGAUUUGGGGCGUUGCACCAUCAUCCGUCCCGCUUCCAGAGACACUGAGCAUCGGCCAGCUUCCCCAGGCAAGCAGAGCGCAGCCCCUGAUCAUCCACCCACCACUUCACCCACGGAGACUGAGGACAUGAAGGGCGUGGAGGAAGCGGUGCUCGAGGCUGUUGCUGUGUCAUGAUAAGCUGGAGAGGGAAAAAGUACUUGAGACUUGUAAAUAUGCAGAAAUAUACCAGUAAACACAAACACCAACACCAACGCCGUUCCGUAUUAGCAUUAGCAUCUCUGGAAAUAUAUCUACUUUCUCCGGUUUCUUCUCCUUCCAGAAAGGAGUUACAGCUUCCCCCCAGUGUAGGCUAGAAUCCCCCCCCAAUCCCCUCUUGUGUUCUGUACAUACCGGCCCUCCUGCAUUGUCAGUGGACAGUGAUGGAUGGGGAAGAAACUGGACAGGACAGCUGAGGGACAUCAGGCGGGUUUUCAUCAAACUGGACGUGGAGCGCUGUCCGAGGUGCUGAUCACGAACUUCCUUCUGCUGUGGAGUGUUUUAUAUGGAGGAAACUGUCCUAAUAUGACACUGAUUUUUGAUUCAUCUGAUGCUCUAAAGCCUGCGCUGUAUGAAAAGCAGCUGAGACUGUUUGUUUGUUUGUUUGCCUGCGCUACUUUAGAUAGGCAGAUAUGAGAAAGCUGCUGUCGAGGGACUGUAAUGAUGCACCGUUUAUUCACUCGUUAAUUAGCCAUGACGUCCUUACUGAAGUCAACUCUAGUCAGACUACCGCAACAAUUAUGUCAGGAGCGCAUAACAUAAAGUCCAUCAUAGUACAGAGCACCUUUACUGAAGCUCUGUCAGCCUUGGAGGCCUCUUAACACCAGUGAAGUGCUGAAAGAAAGGAAGUGAAAGUUUUACUGUUGUUUUCUUAUAUAGCUCUCAGAUUAUUUUGUAGUGUAUUAUUUGAAGCAAGAUAUAGUGUAGUUGCAAAUUAUCAAUGCUAAAUAAAGAUUAUUAAACAAUG